AUGCUGGAACUGUUACUUUCGGUUCCGAACGUCGACUGCAGUGACACCGCCCUACACGCGAUUCGAGACGACCAACAGCAAAUGGCGGUGAUGAUUCUCAACAAAAUGGAGGAGCAACGUCCUCACUCGGAGUUCGCUGGCGCUGUAGAUAGUUCUGAAUUUUUAGACGAAACUACGCCUAUGGACGUUGCUGCGGCCUACGGACAUUUUGAUAUGAUUAAAUUACUUGCUGAUAGAGGACAUUCAAUCAAGAAACCUCAUCCGCCUGAUUGCUACUGCCGAGAAAUUUGCAAGCGUGAGAGGGAAAAUGAGGACCCGUUGACACUCGACAAAAAAAGACUGGCCCGGUAUCAAGCCUUCUCGAAUCCUGCUCAUAUUUGUCAUAUUUCUUCGGAUCCUAUUCUCAUAGCCUUUCAACUUUCAUCCGAACUUGGAAGAGCUGCUGUCGUACAACGGGAAUGGCACAAGUUUUACAAACAACUAUCGCAGAGUACAAAAACAAUUUUUUUUGAACUGGCACAAGCUCCAAAAGUUCUUUUUCUUCACGGAGUGCCACGUUUACAUUAUAUACCUAAUUUUCCGAGAGAAUUUCCCUUUUCAAAACUAUUAAUUUGGUAG